UGCUCUCGGAGAGAAGCCGGAAGCGUUCCAAUUCCUUCGAGGGCGGUGAUAACGAGCGGUAAUUACGCGAGGCGAUUGUUACAUAAAGUUAACUAUUUGCAGAGAGAGGAUAGGAGUCUGCUGGCGCAGUUUUUCUACGCGGAUGAGUCCCUCAACGGGGUGGCCUGCGAGCUCGACUCCUUCGACGGCCGCCAGGAGCCCGAACGUUGCACCUCUCUUGUCAAUCAGCUGCGCCACUGCCAGGAUAAAGUUCUCACUAUCUGCAACCAAAUAAUGGACGAGUUGAUACCAGAAUCCCGGGCGAAUCGCGAUUUCCGCGUCAAGUUCCCGGAUGACGUCAUGCAGGAGAAUCUCGCAGGUCAGCUGUGGUUCGGAGCCGAGUGUCUUGCCGCUGGCUCCUCUAUUCUAAAUCGCGAGGCCGAGAGCUCGGCGAUGCGGCCACUGGCUAAGGCACUCACCAAAUCUCUCGAGAUCGUACGCAACUUAUUGCGGGAACAGGUCUUCAAGGGCCAGACAAACAUUAAAACGCAAAACCCACUGGAACCAUCGGCCGAGAAGCUCAUCGAAUCUCUCAAGAUCUUUGAUCGUCUGUUCGCAGAUUUUGAGCUGUGCUACGUAGGGGCAAUGGUACCGGUUAAGUCAACCAAGGAGUACGAGCAACAGGAGCUUGUGUGCGUUUUGUUCUCAGAGACGCUGCAACGAGCACUAGAACGAUCGCUCCUUAGUCAAGCGGAUGUUGACAACUACGAGCCCGCGCUUAUGUUUACUAUUCCAAGACUGGCCAUCGUCGCUGGACUUCUGGCACCGCCUGGUGGUCCACUUUGUCUCAAUUCCGUCGACACCAUUAGCGAAAUGUUCAGACCCUUUCGGAGUCUACUUUUGAAAAUAAGAGAACUUUUGUGGACACUGAAUAACCGUGAACUCUACAUGUUAGAGAAGUUGCUGUGUUCGAUCGAGGAGGCAUCAACGCCAAUAUCGCAGACUAAUCGCUCAACUUGCCAGGACGUCCCGGACCUCGAGGAAUUCGUCUACAAUUUUUACACGGGUUAUCCAAAUUGCAAAGAUUUUAUCGCAGAUUUUUACACCGUAACACGAAACAACGGCAGCAACAUCGACGAAGUUGCCAACGACGCUGUUCUUAUUCUCGAACAGGACAGCAGCGAACAUGUUUUUAAUUCCACAGAACGUAAAAGUAGCUUGGAGACGGACAACGAAGUGCUCAUCCAGAGUGUACACUCCGAGAGCUCUCCAUCUCACGUAAUCAACCAGGACGACUCGUCCGUAUCCAGAGCACCUACGCUUCGUCAUGAUUCGAGCGGCUCUUCCCACUUUUAUUCUUGCGACUCGGUAUCGGUAGAGAUACCGCAGACACAGUACCUGCUGAAUCAAGUUUCCCACGAGAGCAACGUUCCUGUUCAAAGAAUAGAGAUUCCGAGCUCCUUGCCGGAUAUGGAUUCACGGAAGCUCAUAUCCGAGGCCAACAAGAGUCUAUCCAAUCUUCUGCUCGACGCCGAUUGCCAGAACGAGAUAUCGGAGCACGUGGAUUCGGGUAUCUGCACGGUCAUAUCUUCGGAGAAUACAAGCCUCUACGACAAAAGCCCCGAGGAUAAAAAGAGUUUCGAGAAAGAGGAGGAGGAAGUCCUCGAAGAAGAGAGUGGUAACAACUAUUUUUGCUCGCAGUUAAACUCGGCUAAACCGCGUGACUCGGAUACCUCGGACAAUAGCGCUCGAGAGCCGAAGAGUUCGCCUUAUCUAAAGCCUGCUCUCGAGACCUGCAAGCACAGUGCACGUAGCGAACAAAUAAUUGGCAUUGCCUAUGGGAACGGACAGAUUCCCGUCUGCGAGGGUAAUCAGCCGGGCUUCCAGAUUAAUUACAAGGAAAAUUGGGAACGACUGAAUCUAAAGAUCGAAGCCUCGUCUUCGCGGCGAGCCUUCUGGCGUGAGAUUAAUCAGGACACGACCUCGAGCAGGAAGCGUAAAGAGGAGAAGCAGCGUCGACGUCGCAGGCACCAUCGUAGAAAAUGCGAGGCCACGACCGAUCAGCCUCCCAGGAAACAACGGCAUCAGCAACACGAGCAGCAGCAGCAGCAGCAGCAGCAGCAGCAGCAACAGCUACAGCAACCGAAAAUAAUGGCCGAACAGAUUCCGACGAGCAGCGAGAGUUCACGUUCCAAUUCGGUUGAUCGCUGUUUACAGCCACGACUACUUGGCCUCGGUUCGAGUCUCCAUCCUAGUCAAAACACUCGACAGAUGCCCAAGUUCGGCGGUUGUAGUCCCCACGCGAGCCCCCGGAUGCAGCACUUCGAGUGCCGAGGUACGAAUUCUCUGCGGACUUUCGGCACCACCUCUGGCCACCAGAUGGCAUCCCACAGUAAGAAGCUUUUGGAGCACCGACGGUCCCGCUCCGAGCAGCUGCAGCGACUCAAGAGGCGGGAAAGAGCCGCGUACAAGCUCGAUCACUUUCGCAAGAGGAACAAUUGUAGUGACUUGAUAAACGACGGGCUUGGUCCGAGGACUAACAAAAGUGGCGUGGUCGUGAGUAGUGUGCACCUAAACUCGCUAGAGGUGCCGCCAGGAAUGAGGCCGGAUUUCGUUUCAAGCUCGAGCUGCUCGAGCUGCUGUGACUCGAGUUCCGAAACCAGUGAGUUUCAGAGUGACUGCCAGGACGAUGAGGAGAUAGCGCUCGCGAUGCAGGCUGCCGAGAUAGCUAACAGAAAUCAAAUUAGGGCGAAAUUUCGUUCAUCCGAGGAUCUAGUCCAUAGGCUUUUCGUCUGUAUAGCUGGAGUCGCGGAUCAAUUGCAGACGAAUUUCGCGUCUGAUCUACGCAACAUUCUUAAGUGCGUUUUUCUCAUGAACAGUAGUCAAGUGCCGAACGUGGAUGAGAAAAUUGAUGAUGAACCACCACCCGUCUCGCAAAUCGAGUUAAAUAUGCCAAGUUCAAACGAGAGCUUAGAACAUCAAGAAUCCGUAGAGGACGAUGAAUUGGCCGAGGAGCAUGAGCCAAACGAAGAGCGAAGUUCUCCGAUAACGGAGCGAGGCGAGGAAUGCGUGGAGCGGGCUCCGAUCUGGGUUCCGGACAGCGUGGCACCCCGCUGCAUGGCUUGCCAGGCAGGUUUUACGGUUGUCCGGAGGCGCCACCAUUGCAGAAAUUGCGGGAAGGUGUUUUGCGGCCGUUGCAGUGGCAACAGCGUGCCCUUGCCUCGCUACGGACAUACGAAGCCGGUGCGCGUCUGCAACCGUUGCUUUCUCUAUCAGGUGACUCCCUUCACGGUUAGGCAAGUCGCAUCGACCAGUUGAAUUAUUAUGGCCGUAUAAAGGAGUAAUUUCAAUGCCGACGCCAACGUGCGCGUAUUCGUCGUUAAGAGAGUUUGCGCCGACCUCAGUCGCAUUUUAUAAAAUCCUUCAUUCUUAUGUACGUAAUUGAAUUUAUUCCAUUGAUUCUUAAACUUAACAAUGUCUUUCACACGCUACGCACGGCAUUAUUACAAAAUUGACGAUUUCGAAUUUAUAGUUUGAGCGUCCAUUAUCACGA